AAAACUGUAAUUCAAAGUAAAUAUUAGGAUUCAAACCGUAUAAAUCCGACCUGUAAAUCUCCCACUAGGUGUCUGUGGUUCUGACUUUCUGACGGUAAAGUGUCUUCUUCCUCCACUUUCAGCAACAAACUCACUCUCUCACCGGCGGAACAACCGAACCAAAAAUGGCGGAUUCCCCACCCACCGCUUCUCCUCCCCCUUCUUCUUCUUCUUCUUCUUCUCCGCCUUCCUUGACACUAUCCCGUCAACCUAAUCCAUGCCUUAACUUCUUCUUCUCCAAAUUCCCACCUGCAGAUCCUUCAGCAACACCACAACAACCACCGCCACCGCCACCUCCGCCGAUUGAUGUUCCUCCGAAGCCACUGCCCCCGUUCAUCUCCGUGCUAUCCAGGAGGCCUUCAUUGAGGGUGACCACAGAGUUCGACAGCGACAGCUCCGUGUUCUUCAACAAGGUCUCCUGCAAGCUGCUCGACAGCUUCGCGAAGCUCAAGUUCACUUUUCAGAACAACGGCAAGGGGGAAUUUUCCGAGCCUCAGGUUUCGCUCAUCUCGAAGAACCUCUCUAUUCAUUACGAUGUUGAAGAGCAGAAUGCGCUCAUCAAGACCUCCUUCGACGUCGGUUCCAGGCUUCAAUUCAAGGGCGUCCAUGAUGUCAAGGCGGAACAAGGAGAAGUUGCAGUGGUGGCCAAACUUGCUGAACCUGGAUAUGCUCUUGAGCUCUCAUCUGCUGUUCCUGCAGUUGGCUUGCCUAGAGCGACUCUAAAGUUCCCUUUCGGUGAAUUUUCGUUGGAGGAAGCGGAGAGAGCAGAAGAGAAAAGGGCACUGUCUAUUAGUGGACUUGGUAAAGCUAAACUGUUGAAUGGCCUUUGUUCUGCUCGGUACAGCGAAGAGGAACUGAAACUAAGAUAUUCCUAUAAGGACGAGGCACUUUCGUUUAUCCCCACCAUUUCACUGCCUUCAAAUGCUAUGUCAUUUGCGUUCAAGCGUCGGUUCAACACUUCUAAUAAGUUAAGCUACUGGUAUCAUUUUGAUACCAACAACUGGAGUGCUGUGUACAAGCAUACAUAUGGCAAGGACUUCAAGUUAAAAACCGGAUAUGAUUCAGAUGUCCGGCUCGGCUGGGCAUCGCUCUGGGUUGGGGAUGAAGGUGGAAACGCUAAAUCUGCACCGAUGAAGAUGAAAGUCCAAUUCAUGCUCCAAGUGCCACAGGACGACAUCAAAUCGUCGGCUUUAAUGUUUCGUGUCAAAAAGCGAUGGGACAUAUAGAGAAUGUAUAUGCUUCUGAAAUCACCUUUCUUCUGAUCCUAUACACCGAUGUGAGAUUAAAAAAAGCUGUUCUGGGUCUCGCAUGCCCUGUUGUAACGGAUGCACAUUCUACAGUUUGGUUAGAUGAAUCUGUUUGUUUCCUGAAAAAUUUAGGUCUUGUGAACCAUCAUUUCAACUAGACAGAUGAUCGAUUUGAAGCUGAUAGUUGUUGGAAGUGAUUCGUUUGAAUGUUAGACGUUGAAUUUGGGCAAUGAAUUUGAGCACAAAUCAAAGAAAAGGGAAUUGGUGAAAAUUAUUGUUUGGUGGAUAAGAGAAGAC